GCCCAAUUAAAAUGAGUGCGGCAGGAGAAAGGAUAGAGAGAGAGAGAGAGAGAGAGCGCAUUGAAGAUGGAGAGUAAUGGAGACGGUUAAGUAAUUGGGGGUGAGAAAUUGGGAGGAAGGCAGGCAGGCUUGGAAUCAUAUCACUUUCCUUAUAAAUAUGAUUGCUCAGAUGUCUCUCCCACUCCCCCUUCCCUCUUCUUCACGUACACCUAGAACUAAUUAAACCUCUCUGACUUCGUUCUCACGGCCGGUGAUCCGCCAGCGAUGGUUCUGUCCAAGACGGCGUCGGAGACCGAUGUCUCCGUCGACUCCACCUUCGCCUCUCGCUACGUCAGAGUUAGUCUCCCUAGGUUCAAAAUGCCGGAGAAUUCGAUCCCGAAGGAAGCGGCGUACCAGAUCAUCCACGACGAGCUGAUGCUGGACGGCAAUCCGAGGCUGAACCUGGCCUCGUUCGUGACGACGUGGAUGGAGCCGGAGUGCGACAAGCUCAUCAUGGCCGCCAUUAACAAGAACUAUGUUGACAUGGACGAGUACCCUGUCACCACCGAGCUGCAGAACCGGUGUGUAAAUAUUAUAGCAGAUCUAUUUCAUGCCCCACUUGGGGAUGGAGAGUCAGCAGUGGGAGUGGGAACGGUGGGGUCCUCAGAGGCCAUUAUGUUGGCAGGUUUGGCAUUCAAGAGGAAGUGGCAGAACAAAAUGAAAGCCCUUGGCAAGCCGUGCGACAAGCCUAACAUUGUCACAGGUGCCAAUGUUCAAGUUUGCUGGGAGAAAUUUGCAAGGUACUUCGAGGUGGAGUUAAAGGAGGUGAAGCUGAGGGAAGGGUACUAUGUGAUGGACCCUGUUAAAGCCGUGGAGAUGGUGGAUGAGAACACUAUCUGUGUCGCCGCCAUCUUGGGCUCCACCCUCAAUGGUGAAUUUGAGGAUGUUAAGCUCUUAAACCAUCUCUUGGUCGAGAAGAACAAAGAAACUGGAUGGGAUACUCCAAUUCAUGUGGAUGCAGCUAGUGGUGGCUUCGUUGCUCCUUUCCUUUAUCCAGAUUUGGAGUGGGAUUUCAGAUUACCCCUAGUGAAGAGUAUUAACGUGAGCGGACAUAAGUACGGGCUUGUCUAUGCUGGCAUUGGCUGGUGCAUUUGGAGGAGCACGGAAGACUUGCCCGACGAGCUCAUUUUCCACAUCAACUAUCUUGGUUCUGAUCAGCCCACUUUCACCCUCAACUUCUCCAAAGGGUCCAGCCAAGUAAUUGCGCAAUACUACCAACUGAUCCGGUUGGGGUCCGAGGGAUACAAGAACAUAAUGCAGAACUGCCAAGAAAACGCAAUGGUGCUGAAGGAAGGGCUGGAGCGGAUGGGACGGUUCAACAUCGUGUCCAAAGACAAGGGCGUCCCCCUGGUGGCCUUCUCCCUCAAGGACAACGGCUGCCACAACGAGUUCGAAAUCUCCGACCUGCUCCGCCGCUUCGGCUGGAUUGUGCCCGCCUACACCAUGCCGCCCAACGCCCAGAACGUCACUGUCCUCCGCGUGGUGGUCCGGGAAGACUUCUCCCGCACCCUGGCGGAGCGCCUCGUCAGCGACAUCCAGAAGGUCGUCCACGAGCUCGACACGCUCCCCGCCCGCGUCUCCACCAAGCUCGCUAACUCCGAACUGAAGGAGAAUCCCGACACCGCCGUCGACGCCAACAUCGUCCUCAAGAAGCGGGUGAAUGAUGCUGAGCUGGAGAAGUAUAUCGAGACCUGGAAGAAGUUCGUGCUCAACCGCAAGAAGACCAAUGGUGUGUGCUAAUACAAGUAAGCCUAAUUCUCUUCGGCCUUUUAAUUUGAGUCUUGAGUGAGUGAGUGAGUGAAUGGCGUGUAUUACUCUGCUAAUAAAAGAUUAACGUUUUAGUUAUGCUUAAAUAUAUGUCGUGGGGCUGUGCUGUCCGUAUAUGUUGCCCGCUCUUGUCUUCAGGGCUGUCUGUAUUUGUCUGAACAAGUCUUCCUUUAUUUGAGAGAAGAGUUUUAUAAUGAAAUGAAAUGAGAGAAGACAGAUGCAAAAUA